AUGGAAGCAGUAACAGCAAUCAGCUAUAGUGCAGAAGACACAACGAGUAAUGUCCAGUGUCGCGGAGCGCGUGGUGGAGUGAAGGGUGGGUCAAAAAAGACAAAUGUGGUGGGUGGUUCAGGCGGAGGGGGUCGGGGCGGAGGUGGCGGUAACUUGUGGUACUGGUUCCUUGGGAUAGUUGGCGUCCUGCUGGCAUUGCUGGCGCUUGUUUACAUCGGGGAGGCUUGUGAGAGUUCUGGUGCAAGUGAGAUAGAAUUUAGUAAGUCUGAUUCAGAAAAUGAUUCUAGCCAUGAAAGUAAUUCUGUCAAUGAUGAAUCAGAUGGUGAUAUAUGUAAUACAGAGACUGUUCAGUGUGAAAGUUUUGACCAUGAUUUGGAACCUUCUGCACAGGAUAUAAGACAGAGAAAGAAAACUGAUGAUUUCUUUGCUCAUACCUGCAGGUGUAAAAACCUCUAUGGCAAACCAUGCAGUCAAGUUGUCGAUGCUAAUGAUAUUACUGACUUACAUAUGUAUUCAGCUGAUGCAACCGUCCACUACAGCUGGGACUUUGCACAGCAGGUUCAUAGUCCACACCAUAGCCAACAGGUUGGACCCCUGUAUUUCAAAACUGCCAGGAGAUGUGAGGUAUUUGGAGUUGGCUGUGAAGGAUCUGAGAAACAGGUGUUUUACCUUGGUGAUGAGGGUGUUGCCCCAAGCAAAGGAGCAAACACAGUUGUCAGCUACCUCCACCAUUACCUUGAAAACUACGGCCUGGGUGAGAAACAUGCUCAGUUCCAAUUUGACAAUUGCCAAGGACAGAACAAAAAUAAUGCCGCUCUUGGCUAUGCUGUGUGGAGAACAUUGACGGGAGGGCAUAAGACAAUCCAAUACACACUGAUGCUAGCCGGCCACAUCAAAUUUUCAUGCGGCUGGCAUUUUGGAGUUUGGAAAAACAGAUGGAGACACAUGGAUGCAGAGACAAUUGAGGAGGUGGCUUCCACAGUAGCAAUAUCAUCCCGUAAUGGCCACAACAUUCCACAAAUUGUUGAUGGCAACAGCAAACAAAUGUCGUUCUAUGUCUGGAGCACCUUCUUCAAAGGCAUUUUCAAACCAAUGAAGAACAUUUCCAAAUACCAUUCAUUUGAGGUAUCUUCCAACGGGCCUGGGGUUGUAAGAGUGAGGAAGUUUGUUGAUGCCCCUGAGGAGAAAAUUAACAUACUGAAAACCUGCCAAGUGGAUAUUGGUGUUCUGCCAGAGCAGAUCUUUGAUGAGGGAAUAAGUGCAGAAAAACAAUGGUACUUGCAUGAUGUAAUUAGGGACUUUUGCAGAUCAGAUAAUGCUAAAAACACAACAUGCCCUUUGCCAUUAGUUGCAAAAGAAGGCUAUUCAAAGGCCAAAAAACAAAAGUUGAAAUAGGCAACUUUAUUGAGAACACUUUCUGUGUGUUUCAGCAAAAGUUAUAGUUUGUUUCUUGCUAUAAUCAGGCGUGCAUAAGUGGAAGUUUUAUGUUUUCAUUUACAUUCAAAGAAAAUAUUUCUUUGUGUUACGUUGAUAAAAUAUUAAUGAUCUUAGAAAUGUAUGGUUUCCAUGGCAACCAAAAGUAACUCACUUGAUUGAUCAUUGAAUACUUCUGUAUAAACAUGUAUUUCAAUUAUGGGAAUAUCAUUGAACAGUUGGCCAUCUAUAAGUAAAGUAUGAUGGCAUUCAUAUUUUAUAUACGUGACUGCAGUAUAAUGUGAAAUUGUACAUUAUAAGUCUACAUGUUAAUAGUUAUACAUUAAUAUAGUUUCAAUGUUCCUUGCAUGCAUAUAUGUUUGUUGUCAAUUUUGUCAAAUAAGGCAUGUGUCAAUGCUUUCCUUGUAAAAAACAUUUCAUUCUGUGUCAUCUUACAACUCCAAAAGAAUUAAAUGAGCAAAAAGGAAAUAUUCUAGGUAUAAGUAAGUUGCUAUGGCAACCAAGUAUAACAUGUCUUCUUAUUGAUUUUAAAAAUAAUUGAUUUCACCAGACAAGUUACAUCUUUUAAAUAAUUGCUUGUUUUAAAAAUGAUAUGUUUGUGUUUUGAGUAAUACAAGGAUAAGCUGCACUACUUUUGAACAAUUAACCUUGUUUAAGAAAAGUGGAAGAUUUUCUUUACAGGGUCUAUGGAAAAUUGCUGUAAACAUUCUAUUUUACUACAAAGCUGGCUGAAAUUUUAAUGCUGUACUAAAAUAUUUCCUGCAAACAUAAUCUAUAAAAUUCAAAUGUGAUUUUUUUGUAUUUGAGCUGCUUUUGCGUUUAUUUGGAUAAAUUUCUCGUGAAAAAUUGUUGUCAUGGCAACCGUUUCUAUGAAAUGUACAUGUAGUGUUAUAUCCUCCAUAAAUGAUGUUAUUGAUGUUAUGAUUUAUAAUGUUUCCACAGAAAUAAAAAAUGUUGUAUUCAAUUUUAAUGGAAUACAGACUCUUUAAAUCAAGGAAGUUGUAUUUACUUAUGUAUCCAUUUCCUUCAUUUUUUUCGCCAUUUUAUAUCAAAUAGUGGUAUUGCGA